AUGAGCCGGCAGUGCUUCAGUUCCCGUUCCCUUAAUGGAAGACGGCCAUCAUCUGGCUCGGCCAUCAGCAGUGGAUUUAGGGGUGGCAACAGUCUGUCUUCCAUCUGCUACACCGGAGCAGGCAGAUGUGGUGGCUACAGCAGUAUAAGCCACUAUAAUAUCGGCCGUAGCAGAAGACUUUCUGGCGGAAGCCUUGGUGGAUACGGAGGAAGUUCUGGUGGAUACAGUGCAGGCUUUAGGGACUUCAGUGGUUUGGGCUAUGGUCCUGGGCCAUUGGGCUAUGGUUUUGGGCAUGUAGGUUAUGGUGCUGGCAUUGGCAGGCCUGGAGGCUUUAGUAGUCGAAGUGCAGGGGCCUAUGGCACAGCUGGAGGAGUCGGCAGCCAAAGCCUUGGAGGCUACGGUGGCGAAGGAAGUGGUAGCUACAGAUAUGGUGGCUUCAGCAGCCGAAGUUUUGGUGGUGUUUGUGGCAGAGGCUAUAGGACAGCUGGCUUUGGCAGCCCGAGUCUGGGUGGUGGUGUGUAUGGCAGCAGAAGCAUUAUUUGUGGUCGCCCUGUUUGUGGGGGAUUGGGCUAUGAGCCCAUUGGCCGUUUUGGUGACUGCAGGGGGAUCCAGUCGGUCAGGGUCAAUACAAACCUCUUGAGGCCCCUUUGCAUACAGGUUGAUCCAGAGAUCUCUAGAGUGAAGGUGGAGGAGCGAGAGCAAAUCAAAUGCCUCAAUGACAAGUUUGCCUGCUUCAUCGAUAAGGUGAGAUUGUAUGGUGAGUCUGCUCUGGUGCAUUCUGUUUGAGUUAGCCUCUUGUGAAGAGACAAAGAGAUGUUUUACUUUUCAAAGAGCUUCUAGUAGUUUUUGUGUCUGGGAUUAAGUGGGGGAAUGCAAGGAGGUGUCACCAUUUGGACUGCAUGUUGAGUUUCCGAGUUACUCAACUUAUGAUUACAUUUCUCCUUGCCUUUUAAAAACAGAUUUCAUUUCUAGGCCUGUCAAUCAAUGAAAUAAAACUGACUAAUCAACUAUGUUUAUUUACUAAUCAACUAAUCAAAAUGUUUAUUUAAAUAUUAAUUAUUUACAGUAACACACCAGAACCAAAAUAGCCCUUAUUAACAAAAUAAUAAUAAUAAUAAUAAUAUUUUAUUAUUAUUUAUAUCCCGCCCUCCCCAGCCGAAGCUGGGCUCAGAGUGGCUAACAACAGUAAAAUAAUACAACAUUCUAAAAUCAUUUCAUUAUAAAAUUAAUUCAAAUCAGAUUAAUGGCAAAAGUGAUUCUAAUGCCUCCAGACUGAUUAAAAUUGGCCUGUAUUGGUUAUUUUAUUUCUUUUUUAAGAUGUAUAUUGUGUAUGGUGUUGGAAUGGGUCACAACAAACAAGAUAAAGAGAUAAAACAGAGUUUAAAACAAAAAUCCAGCAAAAGUAAAAGUCCUUCAGUCUGGACAUACUAUCAUAAAAGGUCUGCAAGAAGAAAGCAAGCUUUUAUUGGGUGCCAAAAUAUAUACAAAGCAGAAGCCAGACAGAGCUCAGAGGGGAGAAUAUUCCACAGGUGGGUGCUACUGGGCAAGACUGCAUGGGGAAUGGCAUUCCUUCAGGCACUCAGACCCCGAGUCGUUUAGGCUUUUGCAUAUUGUACUGGUGACUAAUAGGCAUCUAGCAUUAAUAUUUAAGAACUGGUGUCAUAAGAUCCCUUGCAAGUGUGCCUGAUGAUCAUCUGGCUGCUGCAUUCAGAACUAGUUAUAAUCUCCAGACCGUCUACAUGGGUAGACCCUUGUAGAAUGCAUUUCAGUAAUCCAACUGUGAGAUUACCAGGGCAUGGAUAAAAUAGGCUAGAAUCCUAGUGUGAAACCCUGCAGAACCAAACUGUGCAGAUUCCUAAAAUCCUGACCAGUAGCCUCUUGGAGACUGCGUGAAAAGAGGCAAGUUGCAGCACAGCACUCAGCAGUGGCCAGCACAACUCAUGCCAGAAUGAGCAAGAGGGAGUUUAGCUGUGAGUUGAGCCACGUUGCUGGAUGCUCUGCAUCCUCCAACUUCUUUCCUAUGGUCUAUGGACGCAGGUGGCGCUGUUGUCUAAACCACAGAGCCUAGGCUUGCUGAUCAGAAGGUUGCCGGUUCAAAUCCUCGUGAUGGGGUGAGCUCCUGUUGCUCGGUCCCUGCUCCUGCCAACCUAGCAGUUCGAAAGCACACCAGUGCAAGUAGCUAAAUAGGUACCACUCCGGCGGGAAGGUAAACAACGUUUCUGUGUGCUGCUUUGGUUUCACCAGAAGCGGCUUAGUCGUGCUGGCCACAUGACCCAGAAAAACUGUCUGCAGACAAACGCCAGCUCCCUCGGCCUGUAAAGCGAGAUGAGCGCCGCAACCCCAGAGUCGUCUGCGACUGGACUUAACUGUCAGGGGUCCUUUACCUUUUUACCAAGCAGGGCCUCCUUCUCCAGCUGCUUUAAAGCAAGAGGUCCAUGGAAGCAAAUAAAUCCCUCUGGGUUUUCACAUGCAUUGAGUGUGUGGGUACAAAUGGCCCCUUUUCUUGGCUGCUCUAACUUACGGAGGUGAUGGAAAUGCAUAAUUUCCAGCUGCCUUGUAAAAACCCAGUGGGGUCUCAAAAUUUCAGUAGCACCCUGCGCAAUGCCAAAAUUCAGUGACUCCCACCUCUCGUCUUCCAUUCUACAUGGCAGCACUGCCUGCAGUGCCCCCAAGGCUAUGCGCCCAGUGCAACCAAACCAGUCAUGCUCUCCUAAAUCUACUCAGACAAAUCUCACCCAACCCAGUAUUGUCUUUGCAAACAGACAACAGCUCUCUAGGGGUUCAGACAGGGGAGACUCCCAGCCCUAUUGGGAGGUGCUGGGAAAAUGAACCUGGGACCUUCUGCUUGGGAAAAAAAAUGCUGUUCCACUGUCCUGUGGCCCUUCCCCAAUUCUAUUUAAGCAGAAAUGGACUGAACUCUUUCAGACCCUUUGGAAUUUAAACUUGAAAAUCAUUUUGUGUGUGUGUGUGUGAUAUUAAACAAUUUAUACUCCACUCUGUGUAUUUUGAUGUUUCCUUUGGAUGAAUUUGAACUGGGAACUGAAUGUGAACCAAACUAGUUUCUUUAGUAAAGCGACAAAUGUGAACUGGAAUUAUUUAUUAUUUAUUUUUUAAAAUUGAUUUUCCAAGCUCUGGUUCUGUGUGGCUUGCUCCCAGGCCAAGCCUUAACUUGAUUAACAAUUAAAUUGAUUAUGACUGUACGCUUAGAUAAAACUAGCUUGGGAGUAAGCCCCAUUCAACAUAGGAGGGCAAACUGUCAAUUCUGAGUCAAUAAACAUAGGAUUGCACUAUAAGGCUUGCAACUCUGUCUAUUUGCAAACCAUUCUUUUUUCCAAUGGCAGAUUUAAAUGCUCUUGUUCCAUAGUUUGUCACUGUAUACUUAAAAGUAGUCAUUUCUUCUCCGAUAGCAUUCCCUAAGCAAUUACAGCUGUACUGCAUAGUAUACUAUCCAUCAACCCAGUUCCUGGGAAUCACACGUGGGAGAAUGCUGUUACACACAAGGUACUGCUUGUGGGUUUCUGGGUAGCUACUGUGAGAACAGAACAAUGGUCUACAAUGGGCCUUUGGCUUGAUCCAGCAGAGAUCUUUAUGUUCCUAGAUAAUUGUGGGUUCACUCUGUUUCUUCAUUGUCAACUCAAAUCUUCUGUUUGCUUUAGAAAUGCAUGGAAUGCCAAUGCCUGGUUCUGGCAAAAAACCCCAACCCACUGGAUUCAAGAAUUGAGGAGGAGAUUUUUCUCCACCUCAUAGGAAGACCUAAUAGGUUCCUGUGUUUAGUAGACUUAUCACCAUGGCUCCAUUUGCAUUGCAGGUGAGGCACUUGGAGCAGCAAAACAAGCUUUUGGAAACCAAAUGGAAUUGCCUGCAGCAACAGGGGCCUGUUGAGAAGAAAACCAUUGACCACCUGUUUGAGAACUACAUUGCAACCUUGAGGAGGCAGCUGGAUCUUUUGCUGAAUGAGCGGGAGCAGCUGCAAUGUGAGCAAGCUAAAUUCCAGGAUGUGGUUGAAGAGUACAAAUGCAGGUAAAUGGUUUGCUGUCUUCCCCCAAAAAGGUCUGGUUUAAGAAAUGAAUAAGGGGCCUAUUUCUCCUGGGAUGCUGUGUCCUCUAACCAUUUGUGAUGGUUCUAAGGCACAGCUAUCGGCAAUUUGAGAAGAAUAAUGCUUGCCCACCUUAGAGGGGUUUGUAAAGAUUAUGGUGGUAGUGUGACUAAAAUGUUUGGACACUUGAAGUGUGCUUUAUAAAACAAGUGCUAAGUGUUACCUUUAUUUCUGAGUUCUACGAGGUAGAUUCAGUGGAGAAAUAUUGCCUGGUUCAAUAUGAUGAACAUGCUCGCCCUUCUUUCACCCUGUGCUUCUCAGCCAUGCUGAGUCCCAAGCCAGAAUCUCCCCAAUGCAAGUCCAGCCCUCUGUCCACACUCAGUCAGUGGCUCCCAGACACUUUGCAGUAGAGCUGAUUCUCAGGAACCUUUGUAUCUCCUUCUGUUCUCCACUGCAAGGUAUGAAGAAGAAAUCAACCGGCGUAUGGCUGCUGAAAAUGAAUUUGUGUUGCUGAAAAAGGUGAGUCAAAUUGGUCUCGAAGAUUGGAAAAGGCAAUUAAUUAAAAUGUUCAGAGAGUUGGAGGCACGGCAUGGUCAUUACACUUUGCCCUGCUUGAGAAGCUCCCCCCAAAGCAUCUUCUAAGCACAGUGCUGGAAAAAGAUCUUUCUUUUUAUCCAUCAUAUUCUUCUUACUAGGUACCUUAUAAUAGGCCUAUCUUUGUGUGCACAUUGUCUAUAUUAUAGCAGAUGUAGGGAACUGAUGGCCUUCCAGAAGUUGAUAGACUCAGCGCCACCAUUGGCUCCAGCCAGCAUAACCAUUGAUCAAGGAUGGUGGAAUUUGUAGUCUGGCAACAUCUAGAAGGUUGUGUGUACCCUAUACCAUUAAAAAAAUUUUUUUAGAAAGGCCCGAUAAAAUCAUAGUAUACAUACGUAUGCAAUGCUACAGUGAUUUUUUUUCUUUUAAUCUAAGAGUCGAAAGCAUGUAAAGUGCAAGUAGAUAAAUAGAUACCACUCCGGCGGGAAGGUAAACGGCGUUUCCGUGCGCUGCUCUGGUUCGCCAGAAGCAGCUUAGUCAUGUUGGCCACAUGACCCGGAAAAACUGUCUGCGGUCAAAUGCUGGCUCCCUCGGCCUAUAGAGUGAGAUGAGCGCCACAACCCCAGAGUCGUCCGCAACUGGACCUAAUGGUCAGGGGGGUACCUUUACCCUUUUUAAGAAUCAAGCAAAUAUCAAUGGAUGUCAGGUUACAGACAGUAAAACUGUGGGGUUCACUCUGUGGCAGCUACAGUGGAUUGCAGGGAGUGACAUAGUGCAAUUCUAAACAUCUCUAUUCAGAAGAAAGUCCCAUUGAGUGCAGUAGUGAGAGCCACUUCAAAUGCAUGAAAAUAUACCAAUAUGGGAAGCACAGUCCCAUAAGUAUAUAUUGUUUGGAAAAGUUCUGGUAAAUUGCACAUUGAUAGAAAGAUUCCCUUCCUCUGACUGUGCCACUACUUCUCCCAACUCCAUUUGAGACAAGUAGAUAACACAAGAAUGGUUGAUUUAAUUAUCUGCCAUAUUAAAGCUCAGGUCUUUCUUGACUGAAAGUAUGGAGACCUCCUCUCCUCUCCUCUCUUUCUUAAGCAAGCCUUGUUGUCACUGAAUUACAAGAGAAGUAUUUAUUGUGUCUUGUCUUUCAGGAUGUGGAUUGUGCUUACACCGGCAAAGUGGAGCUGGAGGUGAAAGUGGAAGCUCUAAGACAGGAGCUGGAGUUCCUCAGAUGUGUCCAUGAAGCAGUAAGUAUUUCUCAUGAUUUAUUUUGGAUCUCGGUUUUCUUAACUUAAAUUCAUUUUUUCACAUUUCUGCAGCAAUUCGCGAUUUUUGAAAUAAGAAAAACAAAUCCUCAUGAAAUUUCACCUGCAGUUUAGCAUGAAUAUCUCCUAAUAAACACAUUUUAUAUGAAGUUUUCACCAAUGUACAAUUUUUUUUAAAGCAAUGUCCCCUAAAAUAAAGCAAUUUUGCAUGCUAUUUUCCCCAGCAUAUCCAUUCUUGUGAACAUUGGUUGGAGAACUGCAUUGUAAAAUUUGAUAGAUCCACCUUUAAAUGUGAGCCCAAUCAACAAAUUCCCCAUGCCAAUUUCCAAGGCAACCAGAAGACAGCUUUAGAUAGUUCAUCCAUCUCUACAGCUAAUGAAGUAGUGUCCGCUAUUAAUACUGGAUACAGCAGCAAACUUUAAAAGUAUAAACUAAUCAUCAUCCGCAUUAAAAUUAUUACCUUGCCCUUCACCAUCAAGUACCUGGGUGGGUUACAACACUUUAAAAGUCAGAACUAAAACCAUUUAAAAGGUGUUACAGUCACAAGAAUAGAGUGGCCACAUGGAACAGCCCAAACUGUCUCCCUCCAGUAUGGACAAUUGAUGACCUGCUAAAAAAACAACACCAAUUAUGUUUUCUUUUCAGGAAAUAGAAAGCUUACAGACAACAACAGCUGACACCAAUGUUGUUGUAUCUAUGGACAACAACCGAGAACUAGACAUGGAGGGGAUCAUUAACUCUGUGAGGUGUCAGUAUGAGGAGAUUGUACAGAGGAGCAAGGAUGAGGUCAAUGCUCUUUACGAAACCAAGGUAAACAUGAUAUAGGCCUGUCUGCAACAGAGAGAAGCAAAUGCCAUUGACGGUUACCACUGUUUUAGAUAGCUGAAUCCACAGAGGCAAAAAUAAAGUCAUCCUUUCUCUCUGAUUUUAGUUCAAAGAUCUGCAGUCCACCUAUGGGCAUCACUGUGACGCUUUGGCUAAGGGCCGCCAUGAAAUCCAGGACCUGACUCGCCUUAUCCAGCGACUCAAGGCUGAUAUGGAAAAUGCCAAGAAACAGGUGAGAGAGGUGAAGUCGAACAGGAGAAGGUUGAGCAGCAGAAAUCAUUUUCCUGGUCUUGAUGUAUACCAGGGUUAGUCAAUGAGGAGCCUUCCAGGUGCUUUUUGUCAAUGGGAGCUGUAGUCCAUCAGGGAUGGUAGGAGCCAACAGCACCUGGAGGUCACCUCAUUGGCCACCCCCAGAUUCACACUGAGCUUUGUGCUCACUAUUCAGAACUGAAAGAAACAUUUUGUAUUUAUUCAAAAAUGGGAUGCAAAGGAAAGAAAAUUCCCGGUCUUGCUGUAAUAAAAGUUAAGGCAUUAAUGCUGUCUUAGCUUGCUAGAUUCAUUGGUUUAUAUUUUACUCAUUCCAAAACCUGAAACCUCAUUGAUAAUUAAAAAAACCCACCUGCUCAUACAUAAUUUUCUUGCCUGUUUGUACCAGCUGCUUUCCUUUCUGAUUCUCCCCUCUAAGAAGUCAUCUGAUUUCCCCACCACCACCCUAUGUUUCCUCUUUCCUGCCCCAGCUGUUUCCUUCACACCAUAGAGUUUAAAGACACCUCUGGCUGCUGCUCAUUUCUUAAUUUCUAAUGAUUAGCCUGGACUAAACUGAAUCAAAAGAAUCACAUACGGCUCCAGAAUCUGGGGCUGCAUGCAUACCAUACUCUUAAAGCACAUUCUGCUGCCCUCCCCCAAUAAUCCUGGGACCUGCAGAUCACCCCUCAGAGAACUAUAAUUCUUAGCAUCCUUAAGAAACUACAUUUCUCAGGAUUCUUGGGUGUGUGUGUGCUUUGAAUGUGCUUCAAAAGUAUGGAAUGCAUGUAGUCUGUGACUAUCUACUUAGACUGGGCCGGGAGGCAGAGUAGGUGCAGAUCUUUCUCCUACUCAUUGAAUGUUACUAACUGAGGAUGACUUUUCAAGCCCUAGACGGCCUCGGCCCAGUAUGCCUGAAGGAGCGUCUCCACCCCCAUCAUUCUGCCUGGACACUGAGGUCCAGCUCCGAGGGCCUUCUGGCUGUUCCCUCACUGUGAGAAGCGACGUUACAGGGAACCAGGCAGAGGCCUUCUCGGUAGUGGCGCCCGCCCUGUGGAACGCCCUCCCAUCAGAUGUCAAAGAAAUAAACAACUAUCUGAUGUUUUAGAAGACAUCUGAAGGCUGCCCUGUUUGGGGAAGCUUUUAAUGACUGAUGUUUUAAUGUAUUUAUAAUCUUUUGUUACUGGGACGCGGGUGGCGCUGUGGGUUAAACCACAGAGCCUAGGACUUGCUGGUCAGAAGGUCGGCGGUUCAAAUCCCCGCGACGGGGUGAGCUCCUGUUGCUCGGUCCCUGCUCCUGCCAAUGUAGCAGUUCGAAAGCACGUCAAAGUGCAAGUAGAUAAAUAGGUACCGCUCCGGCGGGAAGAUAAACAGCGUUUCCGUGCGCUGCUCUGGUUUGCCUGAAGCAGCUUAGUCAUGCUGGCCACAUGACCCGGAAGCUGUACGCUGGCUCCCUUCUCCAAUAAAGCGAGAUGAGCACCGCAACCCCAGAGUCGGUCACAACUGGACCUAAUGAUCAGGGGUCCCUUUACCUUUACCUAAUCUUUUGUUGGAAGCCGCCCAGAGUAGCUAGGGAAACCCAGCCAUAUGGGUGGGGUAUAAAUAAUAAAUUAUUAUUAUUAUUAUUAUUAUUAUUAUUAUUAUUAUUUUAUAUUUAUUAUUCAUGGACCAACUCUUUUCUCUCUUUAUCUGUGCCUUUUGAAGAUUGAUGUACUACAGACAGCUAUUGCUGACAAUGAGCAGCGUGGAGAUUGUGCCCUGAAGGAUGCCAAGGCAAAACUUGCGGAGGUGGAGAAUGCCCUGCAGUGCUCUAAGGAUGAACUUGCCCGCCUGCUAAGGGAUUACCAGGAUUUGCUGAAUGUCAAGAUGGCUUUGGACAUUGAGAUUGCUAUGUAUAGGUCACUUCUGGAAGGAGAAGAGAGCAGGUGGGUGGGGGAAAAAUUAGCGCCCAUGCAAUACUCAUACAUCCUUGCUGGAACGUUGCUUAUAUUGCUCUUUGAAAUGUAAAUAUAGAGAUUUUGAUGAACAACCUAAAGUCAACAAUAAUAUUGCAUUGAUAAAACGAAUACAGAAUAAAUGAAUAGAUCAGAUUACUACAUCAUAGAAGGAUCACUCCUCAGGAAGUGCUUGGGUUAAGAUGCUGAAUUAAUCAGCUGGAAUCCAGGAAGAAAUCCUGUUAUCAAGUUAUCUCAAUAAUGUGUGGUUGAUUCUUCACUAUUACUAAGUUUUGAAACGUGGCCAAAUAAUAUAUGAUAUGAUUGAACCUAGUAAGCUUACACAAAAAUCUUGUCUUUCAAUUAUUCACUAUUCCUCAAAGUCACAUUUCAAAAGUGAGAUUAGGAAAUAUUAAAGAAAAUUUGAAAAUAAUUUGAAUUCUGAAAUAUUGGGGGGGGGUUUAACAUUUUUACUACUGCUGUUACUUCUGCUGCUAUUAUUAAAUCCACAAUUACUACAGAAUUGUGGCACUCUUGGAAUAUUAACAUUUUCUUUCCUUUUCUCAACAGGAUAUGUAGUUCUACUCCAGUUAACAUAGGUAAGUAACUUUAAAGCUAUAUAUUAUUGCAUAACGGACGCAGGUGGCGCUGUGGUCUAAACCACAGAGCCCAGGGCUCGCUGAUCAGAAGGUCGGUGGUUCAAAUCCUCACGACGGGGUGAGCUCCUGUUGUUCGGUCCCUGCUCCUGCCAACCUAGCAGUUCAAAAGCAUGUCAAAGUGCAACAAGAUAAAUAGAUACCACUCCGUUGGGAAGGUAAACGGCGUUUCCGUGCGCUGCUCUGGUUCACCAGAAGCGGCUUAAUCAUCAUGGCCACAUGACCUGGGAGCUGUCUGCAGACAAAGACCGGCUCCCUUGGCUUAUAGAGCGAGAUGAGGGCCGCAACCCCAGAGUCGUCCGCGACUGGACCUAACAGUCAGGGGUGCCUUUACCUUUAUUAUUGCAUUGAAAAAUGCUAUUCAUUUCACUGAGAGGCCUUAGAUGUGUGUGUCUGAGUAACUGUUUCUUUUCCUCUACUCUUGUAGCUGUGUUGGGUUGCUCCAACAUCUCUCCAGGCGGUGGAGCUGCAUAUGGUGGUACCUUGGGAGGAGGUGGUGGAUUUGGAAGGAGAUGUGUCUAUGGACUUGGAUCAGAAGGACAAAGUGCCAGCGGCGGUGGAGGAUUCAGUUCCAGAAGUGGAAGGCUGAACUACAGAGCUGGAUUUAGCUCUAGGAGUGGAGGGUACCUUUCGAGAUGCACAAUGAGCUCUGGAUUUGGGCAAUGCAAUACCAGUAGUGUGGCUCCCUGUGGACCUAGGGAUUGUGGCUUAGGAUCCCUAGGAAGUGGAGGCUUUAGUUCUAGGAGCAGAGGAUACAGUUCCAGAAGCGGGGGUUGCAGCUCAAGUGGACCAUGCAUUUCCUCAGCUGGUGGAGGCUACACCACUGAGAGCACAGGAGGCUGUGGAGUGACCCACACCUCUGAGUGUUCAAACGGUGGCUACGCCACUGGCGCCGCUUCUUCCGCUAAUGCCGGAUGCAGCAGUGGAGACGUGAGACGCAACUCUGGGAGUGGAUGUCGAACAGGGUAUGGAGGAAGCUGCUCCAUCAUCAGAUAA